AUGUCACUUUCAGCGCCCACGCCACCCCUUCUUCUGACCAAGCGUCUGACCUCAUUUCUCCACUCGAACCUCUCGCCGCAGAUACAUACCGCCCUGCUGAGUACACUGUCUGGCAAGCUGCUCGCCCACGCCUCGACCAACCCCGUCAGCACCCUGCGCACGCAGAGCACCGUUGCCGCCUCUAUAUGGGGCAUCUACUCCUCGGGCGAGGCCGUCAGCGAUGCCCUGCCGCAAGGAUCGCAAGAAUCACGAAGCGAGGCCAAGUCAGCCGCCGUCACAAUACAGCUGAGCGCUGGGGUUCUGGUCGUCAGGAAGCUGAAGUGUGGUCUGCUCUUUGUCUGCAUAGGGCCGUCCCAGAGCGGUGCUGGUGCGCAGGCAGAACCUCACUCGUCCCAACUGGCCGGUUCGUCACAGCACCAGCAAAGUCUUGCAGUUCCGAGCUCGCAACAACUGCAAACGGCAGGCACAGCGGAGUCACACUCGAGCCCACCACUGGGCAGCCCGAGUGAAGUUGCGAGCGUGGUCAGCGCUGCGCCUACCACGAACAGUCUUGCAACCGCGGGCAGCGUGAGAUCUAGCGCCGUGGUGCAAAUGAGACGACAUGCCGAGGAGCUCGCAAGGUGGCUGGAUGAUAAGUUGGGGACCUUGGGCAUUCCUGACGACGGCAGUGGAGAAGCGCGUUAA